AUGGCACCAAAAGCUGAAAAGAAACCUGCUUCCAAGGCACCAGCCGAAAAGAAACCAGCAGCAAAGAAGACUGCUUCCGCUACUGGAACUAAGAAGAGAUCAAAGACCAGAAAGGAAACUUACUCCUCUUACAUCUACAAGGUUUUGAAGCAAACACAUCCAGACACUGGUAUUUCUCAAAAGGCUAUGUCUAUCAUGAACUCUUUCGUUAACGAUAUUUUUGAAAGAAUUGCUGGUGAAGCCUCCAAGUUGGCUGCUUACAACAAGAAGUCAACCAUUUCUGCUAGAGAAAUCCAAACUGCUGUUAGAUUGAUCUUACCAGGUGAAUUAGCUAAGCAUGCUGUUUCGGAAGGUACCAGAGCUGUUACCAAAUAUUCUUCUGCUGCUAAUUAA